AAAUCGUUUUCAUAAGGUUAAUGAUUUGACUUAACAACGUGCAUUCGGAAUCGGUACGUGUUUUUUAUUUUCUUUUAAAAGAAUUGAAAGACGUGCUGAGCUGUUACCAUUCCAUUUCUGAAUCCUUCGCUCGGCCAUCUCUCUUCCUUCUCUUAUUACCUUCGUGACCUUCUGUGGUGCAAGCUGUAAAAGAAUGGAAGCUUAUUUGGACACAUCUCGGGUUCAACUCAUUCUUCCUUUGGAUAUCUCUCGUAUAAGUUGUCACCGAAUGUCGCAAUGAUUUAGAGACGGCCACUGCUGCAUUCUUCACCACGCGUCUUCUUUCGCUUCUUCCAAGUAUUUUUCUUCCCCAUUCUGUUCUCUCUCUUGUUUUUGCUGUUUCUCCGACAAUGAGAUCAGAAUCUUAGACAUUUUGUUGUCCUUUUUUCUUCUCUUUGUGGGUCUUUUUCGAUUUUAAGAUCGGUUUCAGAAUUUGGGUCUUUAGGGGUUUUGGGGCCUGAAAAUCGGUGUUCUGCAGCUGGGGUUUGGAGAUCGUAGCUCAAAAUGGCUCCCUCGUUUGAUUGGUGGGGAAAAGACACUCAUAGAGGAACUCCUGUUGUUGUGAAGAUGGAGAAUCCAAAUUGGUCGAUGGUGGAGCUGGAAGGACCGUCGGAGGAUGAUUUUCUCAUCGCCGGCGACUCGCCGGCGAGUCGGACUAGAGAGAAAGCCCGAGGCAAAAACGCUAAGCAACUAACGUGGGUUCUCCUCCUUAAGGCUCAUAAGGCUGCCGGUUGUUUAACUUCCAUUGGCUCUGCAAUGGUGGACCUAGCCGCCGCCGUUAGACGCCGUGUUGCUUCUGGUCGGACUGAUGCCGAUGACGCCGACAAUGACGUGUCUGUUGGAGGCAGAGUGAAAGAGAACCCCACCGUGAAAACGAGAUUCUAUUCUUGUAUCAAAGUGUUUCUAUGGCUGUCGGUGCUUUUGUUGGGUUUUGAGAUUGCGGCGUUCUUCAAAGGCUGGCAUUUUGAUACUCCAAAGCUUCAUUUGGAUUAUCUCUGGGCAUCGCAGUGGGGCUUUAAAGGAGUUUUUGAUUGGAUUUACGCUCAAUGGGUAUUGAUUCGAGUGGGUUAUUUAGCUCCUCCUCUUCAGUUCUUAGCCAAUGCCUGUAUCAUAUUGUUCAUCAUUCAGAGCUUGGAUCGUUUAAUCUUAUGUCUGGGUUGUUUCUGGAUCCGAUUCAAGAAAAUCCAACCAGUUCUUAAACCUGGAGAUUUAGACAUUGAAUCCGGCGAAAAGGGCUACUUCCCAAUGGUUCUUGUGCAGAUCCCCAUGUGCAAUGAAAAAGAGGUUUAUCAGCAGUCAAUCGCUGCUAUCUGCAACUUGGACUGGCCUAGAACCAAGCUGCUAAUUCAAGUUCUUGAUGACUCUGAUGACCCAACAACCCAAUUGCUGAUACAAGAAGAGGUUCAUAAAUGGCAGCAAGAGGGCGCCAACAUUGUUUAUCGUCAUAGAAUCAUUAGAGAUGGUUACAAGGCUGGCAACCUCAAAUCCGCCAUGAAUUGUAGCUAUGUUAAAGACUACGAAUUCGUCGCGAUCUUCGAUGCCGAUUUUCAACCCACACCUGAUUUCCUUAAAAGAACUGUUCCUCAUUUCAAGGAUAAUGAGGAGCUGGGGCUGGUUCAAGCAAGAUGGUCAUUUGUGAACAAGGAUGAGAAUUUACUGACCAGGCUGCAGAACGUUAAUUUAGCUUUCCAUUUUGAAGUAGAGCAGCAAGUAAACAGUGUGUUCCUCAACUUCUUUGGAUUCAAUGGCACUGCUGGUGUGUGGAGGAUCAAAGCCCUCGAGGACGCCGGUGGGUGGUUGGAAAGGACCACGGUCGAGGACAUGGAUAUCGCGGUCCGUGCUCAUCUUCAUGGAUGGAAAUUCAUAUUCCUAAACGACGUCGAGUGCCAAUGUGAGCUACCAGAAUCUUAUGAAGCUUAUAGAAAACAACAACAUAGAUGGCAUUCUGGUCCAAUGCAAUUGUUUCGUCUUUGUCUGCCUGCUAUUAUUCGAUCAAAGAUUAGUAUAUGGAAGAAGUUCAACCUGAUCUUCCUCUUCUUUUUGCUCAGAAAAUUGAUAUUGCCCUUCUAUUCUUUCACACUUUUCUGCAUAAUUCUCCCAAUGACAAUGUUCGUUCCUGAAGCCGAGCUACCCGCGUGGGUCGUUUGCUAUAUCCCGGCCACGAUGUCGUUUCUAAACAUCCUACCUGCCCCAAAAUCCUUCCCUUUCAUUGUCCCUUACCUCCUUUUUGAAAACACCAUGUCAGUUACCAAGUUCAAUGCCAUGAUCUCAGGGCUCUUCCAGCUUGGUAGCGCCUACGAAUGGGUUGUCACGAAGAAAUCGGGUCGGUCCUCAGAAGGUGAUCUUUUGUCGUUGGUAGAGAGAGAGCAAAAGCAUCAAAGAGGGGCAUCGGCGCCCAACUUAGAAGAGAUGAAGGAAGAGCUUGAGAAACAGGAAAAGAAAGCUUCUUUGCGGAAGAAGCAUAACCGAAUAUAUACAAAAGAGCUGGCAUUGGCUUUCCUUCUCUUAACUGCAUCAGCACGGAGUCUUCUGUCUGCUCAAGGGAUCCAUUUCUACUUCUUGCUAUUCCAGGGGAUCUCGUUCCUGCUCGUCGGGUUGGAUUUGAUCGGCGAACAAAUUGGUUGAUUGUAAAAAAAAAAAAAAAAAAAGAAUGUAUGGAACUCUGUAGAGAAGAACACAAGGAAAUUACC